AUGGAACGUAUUCCUAAGCAUUCUGCUACUAUCCGAGUUUGUGGCGUCCUUCGCUUUUUAUCCAAUCUUUGUCGGCUCGGGAGGCGCGCUGAAUUGCUACCCAGUCUCCCUAAGAUGCUUUCUUCUCUUGAUCACUCUUCUGUUGAUGCUACCACUCGUACUAACCUACCAUGCCAUCUACGCACCAAGCUAGUUCAACGUAUUGGUCUACUCUUAUGCCCAAUUCAGCCUCAACUUUCCAUACAGCGGCGUCAAUCGGCCCUUCAAUCGUCAUCAAUUUUGACCUCAAAGCCUUCUAAAAAACUAGCUGACAAUUUGGCUGCAACACCUGCAUCUUCAAUCAAGGCGUCUUUUCAAGCUGAAUGUGAUGAACCUCAUGCUUGCAUUUCAGUCGCAAACAUCAGUAGCUCUUCUGUUUUACAUCCGGGGGAUAAUCGGUCAAACAUUCGAGCAAAGGCACCGGAGGAUUUAAGCAAAGGGGACGCAGAUAGUCGACUAAUGGCCGACGGGCAGGCACUUGUAGAAAUGGGGUUGGAGAUUGAGGUCAUACCUGAUCAAGUGGCUGAGGUUAUCGACUUCCUUAUCGACCAAAUGCGUAGUCAAUAUACUGUGGUUCGUUGCUUAGGCCGCAUUUGUGCCCGCCUUCCCCCAACUAUGUGUUAUGACGUCCUCUCGGCUGUGCUAUCUCUCUGCACCCGUUUUGAGCCACACACUGCGUGGCAUGGAGCUUGUCUAACGCUUGCUGAGCUGGGCCGGCGCGGUCUUUUGCCUCCCGAUCAAUUGGCCGGAGUGAGUUUGACUAAAGCUCGCUUGAAAUAG